UCGAUUCGGCUCGAAGAAGACCUGUCCUUCCGGGAAAAUGGCGGCUCCCGCUCGUGCUCCGCAGUCCCCGCCGGCCGCAGAUCCGGUGCUAGCGGCGGGAGCUGCCGAGGAAGCCGAGUGCCCGCCGCCUCGCCAGCCUCAGCCCCCGCAGAAUGUCCUCGCAGCGCCGCGGCUUCGAGCCCCAAGCUCCCGAGGGCUUGGGGCAGCGGAGUUUGGCGGAGCUGCGGGAGAUGUUGAAGCGCCAGGAGAGACUUUUGCGCAACGAAAAAUUCAUUUGCAAAUUGCCCGACAAAGGUAAAAAGAUCUUAGACUCUGUUGCCAAACUGAAAGCUGCCAUUGCAGAACGUGAAGAAGUUAUGGAAAAAAGUGAACUGUUUCAUCCUGUUAGUUUAGACUGUAAACUAAGGCAAAAAGCAAUUGCCAUUGUUGAGAUGGACACGGAUAAAUUCCAGAAUUCUGACAAGAUACUUGAUACUUCAUCACGAGUUCCUGGCUGUUCCUCUGUAGAUAACAUCACAUCAUCUGAAACAACCUCACAACAACAAGGACUUGUAUCUUCUACCCAGAAAGGCGAUGAAGAGGCCCCAGAGUUGGGGUACACGGUGAACAAGCGCCCAGCCCCCAGCAACAGAGCCCAUGCACCUUCCUUAUCCGAAGCUAGUGGUCAUCUCCCUCAGCAUCGAGUGUCAAGUCGAGCAGAAGAUAAUUCUAGCAGCUCUGACAGCUCGUUUAUUGAUAGGUUACAAAGGAUCACAAUUACAGACCGAGGUGAACACCACUCAGAAGAAAACGGGAGUACUGAGAACUUGACAGGCCUUUGUAGUGAGAUGCAGAAGAAGCCUCAUUACAUGGAAGUGCUAGAUAUGCGAGCCAAAUACCCAGUGCCCUCGCCACAUAAAUUUAAAACCAAUGUGUUACCUUCACGACAAAAUGAUCCAUCUGGUCAUCCGGAAAGAAGAGCAUCUCCUGUUUCCUCCGAGGAAAGGCGGCGCAGGGAUAAGCAGCAUCUUGAUGACAUCACAGCAGCUCGGCUUCUGCCCCUUCACCACAUGCCUGCACAGCUGCUCUCCAUAGAAGAAUCUCUGGCACUUCAGAAACAGCAGAAACAGAGUUAUGAGGAGAUGCAAGCCAAGCUCGCAGCACAAAAGUUAGCUGAAAGACUGAAUAUUAAAAUGCAGAGCUAUAAUCCAGAAGGGGAGGCUCCAAGAAAAUACCGAGAAGUAAGGGAUGAAGAUGACGACCAGGCCUCUGACGAUGAGUUCUGAAGAUGAGCAUUGGGAUGAUCUCCUAACUCUGCCUGUUCAGAUGUUAUUAUCUUACAUCAGUCUUUCCAACAAGUAUCAAGAUCAGUAUCAGGCAUUGUUGAGGGAAAGAAUUUUAUAAAGUUACACAAAGGUAGCUGUAAAAAUAGCUCAGUAUGUCUUUCAGAAGAUAACUUUCACAUGUUUGAAAAAGUUUAAUGUUCGAAUAUUGUGUUUAACCACAGUGUAUUAAAGUUUUGCAGUAUGUUGUGCGUUGUCUGAUAUUUUAGUACAUAGUAGAGCACAUUUUUUUCUCUAAGCCAAAUGAAAGCAGGCGACUGCUUUUUUCCUUAUUCUUGCCUCUAUCAAAUAGCAUUUAUUACAUGACGUUCAGUGAAAUAUUUAGUUGUCCCCGGUAUCACCUAAAGUGAAAUAGGAGGAUACACUUCCCUCUUUCUUUGAGUAAUGAAGGGAGUGGUCUAAAGAAUUUUAUGCACGUUUGCAUGGGGUUAUUGGAUGUGAAAUACUUAGGAGGACACUCAUAGAAAAUGCUUAAAUGUUUAUUCUUCUGUCUUCGAAGAAUGUUAUCUUUCUUCUGAUUAUGAAUAAGGAGUUCAGUUGACCCUUGAACAACACAGAUGUUAGGGAUGCUGACCUGCCCAAUCAAAAAUCAUGUAUAACUACAUACUUAGUUGAUGCUGGAGGGUGGAUAGUCUUUCUCAAUGACUAUAUUUGCCCAGAGUAACAUGAAGUGGAGGGAAGUCUAAGAUGACUGAUGUAAGUGAAAGGAGUAGCUGUUCUUACACUUGACCUGACUUGAGUUCAUGGCUGUAGCAAAUGAUAGGUUCAGUUUGAUAAGAAAACCAAUUUGUUUUUUUAGCUAUAAUUGAAUUAUUUUUAGUACAUCACUUUUUUCCCCCCAAAGAGGCAUAUGUAGGCUGCAGAAACUUCAAUCUCAUGUAUACACGUUUAUGUAACUUUAAAGGAUUACAUGGUUGUCUCCAGAGAAGUUAACACGUUAUCAAAGAUUUUGUUGAAUCUGUUGGAGCCUUUUAAACAGUUUUGAAAGGAAGAAUAAAAAAUUAGAACUUCAAAAUGUUAA